AUGAUUAACACGAAGUUGGACGUGCCCCCUCAGCCUGACGCCGCUGAAAUUGAGUGGAACAAAGCGUUAAAGAACCUCGACAACAAGAUGGCUGCUUAUCGACGCGUACAGGCGGCAGGAAAUGGGAAUGUGAAAGAGAUGGACAGGGCUGCAGAGGAUAUCGCGUCGGCGAUGGAUCACAUGGCGAACCAGCAUCCAGACCCCAGAGUCAAGGCAGAAUAUCGUACGAAGGCCAAGGAACUUCGAGCUUCUACCGGAGGCCAACGCGAUACCAUUCUUGAGGACAUCGGAAAGGGCUUGUUGAUCCUUCUCACAACGCCCUUCGCUCUGGUUGGAGCGAUACUCGGCACAGUUGGUCAGAUAUUGAAUGGGGUGGGGAGUAUCUUGCGAGGCUUGGGGAAACUUGCCAAUAAACCCAGGGAAUUAGUAGGGUGAGGUGAAAGCCGUCGAUUUAGCAGUUACGCCGUGAUUAAAUCGAUACAUGCUUCAACUCA